AUGGACCCGUUGGAUUUUCUGACCGAUGAGGAGUUACUGCGGUUUUUCCGCUGUAGUAGGACGGAGAUGUCGUGCAUGGAUCAACCACACACAUUUCUUAACCAGCUCCGAGACCACCACCUCAUUCCGGAAGAAAUGUACAAGAAGCUGAUUGGGAUGAGGAGUAAGGAGGUGAGGGAGAAGGGUGUGUACCAGUUGUUGGACUGGGUGGAGGCAGAGAGGCCCAACAGCAUCAAGGUGUUCUGGAACUGUGUGUUCAGGGAUCACCUCCUGCUGCAGUACCCCACGUUACGCCUGCUCCGAAACCGCCUGCUGGACGGGUCGUUCACAUUCUAUGAGAAACUGCCAAAGAAGGUAGAGAAGGAAGAGGAGGAUAAAAAGAAGGCUUCAGCUGAAGGAGAAGAGGAGGAUGAGGAAGAGGAGGAGGAAGAGGAGAAAGAGGAGGAGGAGGAUAAGAAGAAGGCUUCAGAGGAAGUAGAAGAGGAGAAGACAAGAAGGAAAAAUAGUAAACAGAAAGAGAGAAGUGAGAGUGCUGAGGAAGAGCAGCCCAGCACAUCCACCCAGUCCAACCCCAGUCAGAAGAGGAAAGUUCAGAGUCCGACCAACUGUUUUCCUUCCAGGAAGGGGGAGAAAGAUGACAUCUGGACCUGGCCCAUCUACAAGACCCAGCUCCCAGUCACCUGUGGGGACAAAGAAGGCAUUCUCGUCAGGAACAAGCUGGCCAAAGGGGAGAGGUGCAUUGUGGUCCAGGGUCGCUGGUUCACCCCAAGUGGCUUUGAGGAGUUUGGGGGGAAGAAGAGCAGUAAGAACUGGAAGUACAGUAUGCGCUGUAGAGGCACCACUCUGGGAAAACUGAUCCAGGAAGGCCAUUUAACUUCACCAGACUUUAAAAGAAGAAAAAGUGCACAGGCCAAGAGAGCACGCUUUCCCUUCAACCAAUCAGCGGGCUCAAUCACAGAAUCUGAGGAGGAUGAUGAGGAGGAAGAAGAAGCUGAGCAGGAAAGAGAGGAAGGAGAGAGAAGAGAUCAGGCAAACACUGCUGGAGAGAGCAGUACAGGAGGCAGCCAUUGUGGUGUGAGGAAGUCUGUCUUCAAUGUCACCUGUGGAGCCAUCAAUGGAAUGCUACAUAAGGAUCGGUUUGCAUCAGGGUCGUGUGGAAAGAGCAUCCGUACGGAGCUGCGCUGGAUGACCCCGGUGGAGUUUGUGAAGGGGGAGUCAGCUCUGGAAGAUCCCUCCUGGAAGAACGACAUCCAGUGGGACGGGAAACCACUCAGCCUCCUCAUCAAGAGUAAGAUCUUGGUCAUUCACUCUCUCCUGUGUAAGUGCAAGCUGUGCAGCCCUACAGCCAAAGACAGGCAUGAUCAGGAUAACGAUGACGACUGCUUCAUCUGUAGAAGCCAGGGCAGCUUGAUAUGCUGUGAUGAGUGUCUCGCUCCUUCCAUCAGAGAUGUCAUCUUCCUAAUGUGGAUGACACUAUGCUGGGGGAUAAUCUUCCGUGGGUGUGUACAUAUUGUGUACUGAGGGCCAGUCAGCCGUGGCGUUACCCCAGUCAAAAGACAUACCAGGAAGCCUUGACCUGCCGAAUCUCUGACCACCUACUGGAAUGCCAGUACCUCCUGCUGUGUCUAUACCAAGCUGACAAGGACCACAUCAUUGUGGCAGAUCCCUGUAUCAAUGUGAGAAACUACACCAGUGUGAUAAAGACCCCUAUAUGGCUGGACAGGGUUGUGGAGAAGCUGCAGCAGAAUCUCUACCAGUCGGUGCAACACUUUGUGUCUGAUGUGUUGCUUAUCUUCACCAACUGUGCCACAUUUAACAGGGAUAAUGCAGAGUACUGUGUGAUGGGCGAAAGAUUGAAGGAUCUAUUUGAGAGAGAGUUCAAGAGUACAUUCAGCAUCCAGCUUCAGCAUCCAACUGCAUCCAACAGCCAGUAGAGCCUUCAUCAAGUCUGUACUGUUAUCUCACUAUGAGACAACAGGGAAUAUUCACCAUGCAAUGGUCUUUCUAUACAGCCUUCAUACAGACUUGCAUGUACAUUAUUAUCCAUCCAGUCCUUUCAUGAAUUUCUUUCAUUUGUUCUAAAUCAAAUCAAAAUCCAAUCAAAUCCAAUUUUAUUUGUCACAUACACAUGGUUAGCAGAUGUUAUUGCGAGUGUAGCGAAAUGCUUGUGCUUCUAGUUCCGACAAUGCUGUAAUAACCAACGAGUAAUCUAACCUAACAAUUCCACAACAACUACCUUAUACACACAAGUGUAAAGGGAUGAACAAUAUGUACAUAAAGAUACAUGAAUGAGUGAUGGUACAGAACGGCAUAGGCAAGAUGCAGUAGAUGGUAUAGGGUACAGUAUAUACAUAUGAGAUGAGUAAUGUAGGGUAUAUAAACAUGAUAUUAAGUGGCAUUGUUUAAAGUGGCUAGUGAUACAUUUUACAUCCAUUUUCCCAUUAUUAAAGUGAAUGGAGUUGAGUCACUAUGUUGUCAGCAGCCACUCAAUGUUAGUGGCUGCUAGCAGUCAAAAUGGGUGUGUGAUGAUAAUUGAAAUAGAAUGAUGGUGAUAACAUUGCAUUUCACACAGUAAAUGUUGCUUUCCUAACUUCUCGUGCAAGAGCCUUUAGAAGUCCUUACCUUCCAUUCUUCUUACUUCUGGUUAGGCCCAGGGAUUCAUGAAUGGGACUCGAGUCAGAUUCGAGUCACAGAUAUGAUGACAUGCAACUCGACCUUGACUUUAACACCAAUGACUCGUGACUUGACUUGGACUUGAGAAUUAUGACUCGACCUGACUUGAUUCCCUCCCGAAGCCCAAAUAUGAAAAAUGAUGCUGUUAAAAAAAGUGUGCAGCGCAUCAACUCUUCAUUUAACAAAUUACAGUUUGAAUCGGACAGCAGCCAAUCAACUGAGAAAAAGUUGUGCGUGGCAGUGCAGAGGAACGUCAGUGGGUGAAUUCAGAUGGAGCCCUUGGAAAGAUGAUACCCGGAAUUAUUAUUUUCGGAUAUAAAGACAACUCUGUAUCAAGAAAAACGGAUUCGAACUUGCAAAACAAGCGGGAAGAAAGUUACAGACGGAAGCGCAACAAUUUCAAACUUUGUUUGACAUUUAAAGCUGCACAAAGAAUAGUAAGUCGUGGCAAAGAUAGCCGACAGCUAUAUAUUUUAUUACUUUACUGUUGUAUCAUGUAGGCUAACGUAAUGUUAAAUCAAUGAGCCUCCACACAGUCAGUCAGUGCGGGAACGUGAUCAUUGGAACCAAGAUUGAGCUCCAACUGGCAAGGCAGUUGGUAGCCUAAAUCCUGCCUGAUGUUACUGCUGUUCCUAAAACCAAUGACAUACGUUAGCCUACUGUAAUCACACAGAGAGAGUGUGUGUGUGUGUUAAGGUUGGGCGAUUGUGUACAAGCCUACAUUGGUGGGUCAUUCCGGUGGGUCAGAAGUUUACAUGCACUAAGUUGACUAUGCCUUUAAACAGCUUCGAAAAUUCCAGAAAAUGAUGUCAUGGCUUUAGAAGCUUCUGAUAGGCUAAUUGACAUCAUUUGAGUCAAUUGGAGGUGUACCUGUGGAUGAAUGUCAAGGCCUACCUUCAAACUCAACUUCUCUUUGCUUGACAUCAUAGGAAAAUCAAAAGAAAUCAGCCAAAACCUCAGAAAAAAAUGAUUGACCUCCACAAGUCUGGAUCAUCCUUGGGAUCAAUUUCCAAAUGCCUGAAGGUACCACGUUCAUCUGUACAAACAAUAGUACACAAGUAUAAACACCAUGGGACCACGCAGCCAUCAUACCUCUCAGGAAGGAGAUGCGUUCUGUGUCCUAGAGUUGAACGUACUUUGGUGCGAAAAGUGCAAAUCAAUCCCAGAACAACAGCAAAGAACCGUGUGAAGAUGCUGGAGGAAACAGGUAUAAAAGUAUCUACAUUCACAGUAAAAACGAGUCCUAUAUCGACAUAAACUGAAAGGCCUCUCAGCAAGGAAGAAGCCACUGCUCCAAAACCUCCAUAAAAAAAGCCAGACUACGGUUUGCAACUGCACAUGGGGACACAGAUCGUACAUUUUGCAGAAAUAUCCUCUGGUCUGAUGAAAUAAAAAUAGAACUGUUCGGCCGUAAUGACCAUCGUUAUGUUUGGAGGAAAAAUGGGGAGGCUUGCAAGCCGAAGAACACCAUCCCAACCGUGAAGCACGGGGGUGGCAGAAUCAUGUUGUGGGGCUGCUUUGCUGCAGGAGGGACUGGUGCACUUCACAAAAUAGAUGGAAUCAUGAGGUAGGAAAAUUAUGUGGAUAUAGUGAAACAGCAUUUCAAGACCUCAGUCAGGAAGUUAAAGCUUUGUCCAAAUGAACAAUGACCCCAAGCAUACUUCCAAAGUUGUGCCAAAAUGGCAUAAGGACAACAAAGUCAAGGUAUUGGAGUGGCUAUCACAAAUCCCUGACGUUAAUCCUAUAGAACAUUUGUGGGCAGAAUUGAAAAAGCGUGUGCGAGCAAGUAGGCCUACUAACCUUACUCAGUUACACUAGCUCUGUCAGGAGGAAUGGGCCAAAAUUCACCCAACUUAUUGGGGGAAGUUUGUGGAAGGCUACCUGAAACAUUUGACCCAAGUUAAACAAUUUAAAGACAAUUGAGUGUAUGUAAACUUCUGACCCACUGGGAAUGCAAUGAAAGAAAUAAAAGCUGAAAUAAAUCAUUAUCUCUACUAUUAUUCUGACAUUUCACAUUCUUAAAAUAAAGUGGCAAUCAUAACUGAUUUAAGACAGGGAAUUUUUGCUAGGAUUAAGUGUCAAGAAUUGUGAAAAACUGAGUUUAAAUGUAUUUGGCUAAGGUGUAUGUAAACUUCCAUCUUCAACUGGUAUUUCAAUUGAAAUAUAAUGUUUAUUUGGAAAGUAAUAAAUAUAUAGAUAUUUUUGAAAGCA